AUGGCCACCGCCGUUGCCACUUUCUCGGCCGCCGACAUCCUCGGCAAAGGCCCGGACGCGCCGCGCCUGGAGGCCGAAUACUUGCUGGACAAGGAGCUGGGCAAGGGCGCCUUUGGCGUGGUGCACCUGGCCCGCAACAAAACGACGGGGGAGCGGGUGGCGGUGAAAAGCAUCUCAAAGGCCAGGUUGACAUGCAAGGAGGAUGUGAAAGACAUCCUGGGGGAGGUGUCCAUCAUGAACCUGCUGGGAGGCCACAAAAACGUAGUCACCCUCAAGGUGUGA